UUGCGGAAACCGACGCGUCGCGCUUUGUUGGCUGUUUUGGGUUUUUUUUCCGGGUGAACGUCUUGAGAAAGCGGACGCUUUUCACAACGCGCCUCGCUCCCAGUGCGGGCUGACGCAGUACGCGAAAUCCAGCGCUGGCCAGCCGAGAACACGUCGUCGUAGCGGAGACCGACCCGGUAAAGAUCUGUGUGUCCAAGAUGGCCGACACUGAGGUGUCUCUCUCCCCAGCGGUGCGGUCACUCCCUCUAAGCCCCGCCCACUCCACGCUAACCCCCGCCUCCUCCCCCACCACCUUCUCCUGCCCCUCUUCUCCAUCCAGCACCUCCUCGUCUUCCUCCUCGUCGUCAUCCUCGUCCUCAUCCUGCUCCGAGAGCUCCUCCGACUGCCUUGCUUCCCACCACAACCACCACCACCACCAUCAUCAUCAUCAUCAUCAUCGCCACCGUCAUCACCGCCCCCAGCUCCAGCUCCCCCAGCCCCAUAGCGACCAGGCCUCCUCCCCCAGCGCCAGCCCGCGGAGCUCCAGCCCCAGCGGGAGUAUUGGGAGCACUGGGAGCACUGGGAGCCUCGGCAGCAGUGCCAGCGAGGGCAUCGGCAGCAGUGGGACGUCGACUGGGGCCGAUCCUCGUGGCCCGAGCCCGCCCCUGGACGUUAUCUCUGAGGACGCCAUGGAGAUGGACCUGGUAGCGGACCAAGUGAUUGACCCGGAAGUCGCCCUGAAGGCCUGCCAGGAAGUACUUCUCAAGGUUAAACUGCAGAACGGAGAGGUACCGGCGGCUGAACAGCAACACGAUGAGCAGCAGGUUCUGGACUCUCCUGAGUGGUCCAGCCCGCAGCACCACAGCAGUCCCACAUACCUGGAAAUAUCCGAGACCGACUCCAUUAAAGAGGAGGAGGAGGAGGAGCAAGGAGGAAAAGGGGAGGAACCCCGAGGCACACCUCCCAUUUCAUCCCGCCGAGAACCCAACAAGAAGAACCGCGCCCCUUUGUCUUCAUCGUCUUCGUCAUCGUCGAAACAGUCAUGGCUGCUGCGUCUGUUCGAGUCUAAGCUGUUUGACGUUUCCAUGGCGAUCUCCUACCUGUACAAGUCCAAGGAGCCGGGCGUGCAGGCCUACAUCGGAAACCGCCUGUUCAGUUUCCCUGACGAGGAGGUGGACUUCCACUUGCCCCAACUCCUCAACAUGUACGUUCACAUGGACACGGAGGUGGGAGACGCCAUCAGACCCUAUCUGAUCCACCGUUGCCGUGGCAGCAUAGCCUUCUCCCUGCAGACAGCCUGGUUGUUGGGAGCCUACUCCUCAGACAUGCACAUCUCCACCCAGCGUCACUCACGCGGGGCCAAAAUGCGUAAACUCAUCCUGUCCGACGAGCUGAAACCUGGCGGUCCGCAAAUCGCCGCCGCCGAGAGCCCCGCCACGCUGCCCUCCCCCGCAUCCAGCCCCGGCCCGGGGGACCCCGCCCCCCGCCCACAACUCUACCAUUGGCAUAGGAGGCACCACAGCAGCAACACGGAAGCCCCUCUUCCCACCUCCUCCUCCUGCUCCUUCUCCUCAGUGACUCCUGCCCCGGACAGCCCCCUCCCCGGGGAGAUACUGGUCUCCCCUUCCAGGAGGACCCAUCAGCGUUCCAAGUCAGACGCCACCACAGGCGGCAGCGGGGGGGCGGGGCUCCGACGUACAGGGAGUAACCCCAAGGUGGAGGCCGGCCACGAGGAGCCGGAGCGCCUGCGUCCUCAGAGGGAGUUCAUCAAGUCCCUGAUGGGCAUUGGGAAGAGGCUGGCCACUCUGCCCACCAAAGAGCAGAAGACUCAGCGGCUGAUCUCUGAGCUGUCGCUGCUCAACCACAAACUGCCGGCGCGCGUCUGGCUGCCCACCGCCGAACACCACCACCAUGUGGCCCGCAUACCACACACACAGGCGGUGGUGCUCAACUCCAAGGAUAAGGCUCCCUACAUCAUCUAUGUGGAGGUUCUGGAGUGUGAGAACUUCGAGACGUCUGCGGUUCCCGUCCGUAUCCCAGAGACACGGAUCAGGACGGCCCGCUCGGCGGAUAAUCUGGACUGCGGAAGUUCUGCUGCAAACGGUGCGGGUAGCGUCUCAAAUGGAGGUUCCUCCGGCAUGACGAUGGAACACCGAGCCGGAAGCUUCUCCACUGUCCAGAACUACGACAACGACGACGAGGCCUGGGCCACUGACGACAUUGGACAACUACAGGUGGAGUUAGCGGAAGGGCAGACCAGUAGCAGUGAUAACAUCAGUCAGUUCUCUGUGGACAGCAUCACCAGUCUAGAGAGCAAAGAACCAGUCUUCAUCGCAGCUGGAGAUAUCAGACGUCGCCUUUCAGAGAACCUGGCCCACACGCCCACCUCCUUCAGGAGAGACCCGGAGGACCCAUCAGCCGUCGCCCUCAAAGAACCCUGGGAGGAGAAAGUCCGGAGGAUCAGGGAGGUCUCUCCAUAUGGACACCUUCCUAACUGGAGACUCCUCUCCGUCAUUGUGAAGUGUGGAGACGACCUGAGACAGGAGCUGCUGGCCUACCAGGUCCUCAGUCAACUUCAGUCUAUCUGGCAGCAGGAGCGGGUUCCUCUGUGGAUUAAGCCCUAUAAGAUCCUGGUGAUGUCAUCAGACAGCGGGAUGAUAGAACCCGUCCUCAACGCCGUGUCUUUGCACCAGGUUCGUAAACAGAGCCAGCUCUCUCUCCUGGAUUACUUCCUGCAGGAACACGGCAGUUACACCACCGAGGCGUUCCUCACCGCUCAGAGGAACUUCGUUCAGAGCUGUGCUGGAUACAGCCUCAUCUGCUACCUGCUGCAGGUGAAAGACAGACAUAAUGGGAACAUCCUGUUGGACUCGGAGGGUCACAUCAUUCACAUCGACUUCGGCUUCAUCCUGUCCAGCUCUCCUCGGAACCUCGGCUUCGAGACGUCCGCCUUCAAACUCACCUCCGAGUUUGUAGAUGUGAUGGGGGGGCUGGACGGAGAUAUGUUCAUCUACUACAAGAUGCUGAUGCUUCAGGGUCUCAUCGCUGCCAGGAAGCACAUGGAGAAGGUUGUGCAGAUAGUAGAGAUCAUGCAGCAAGGCUCCCAUCUGCCCUGUUUUCAUGGCUCCAGCACCAUCCGUGGGCUGAAGGAGCGCUUCCACAUGGCUCUGACGGAGGAGCAGCUCCAGCUGCUGGUGGAGCAGAUGGUGGACGGCUCCAUGCGCUCCAUCACCACCAAACUCUACGACUCCUUCCAGUACGUCACCAACGGCAUCAUGUGAUCGCCGCCGGGGGGGUAGGGGGGGGGGGCGAGAGAGAUUCACCAGCCGCUGUCAUCGUUUUACCAGCCAGUGAGAGGAUGUCGGUGCGACACAUGGUCACCUGACAAGGUGUCUGAAGGAAGAAAUACCAGCCAGCCACCGUCAAACUAAACCCUGAUGGACACCGAGCAGGACCACCGCUCAUCGUGCCAACGGAUUCCCUGGAACGACACGAGACAGACGUUUCACUUUACACAACACACGUUCCAGAUUCCCCUUCUAGUAAUGCAAGCAAAGCAAACGCACACACACACGGACACACACUCACACGGGGUGUGUACUGCAGCUCGGCUGGUCAGCGGUGGCUGCUAGCUUUGCCCUGUCUGUCUGUUUUUACGGGACGGCAGAUGCAUACAUGUGCAUGCAGGACGUGCAUGUAAAGCUGCAUGUAUGAACCGAGGCCAGUAGUUCGUUGUUCGCGCAAACGACUACACAUCCAAACACUAUCGGAGCCUGCAAACACUACACAUCCAAACACUAUCGGAACCUGCAAACACUACACAUCCAAACACUAUCGGAACCUGCAAACACUACACAUCCAAACUCUAUCGGAACCUGCAAACACUACACAUCCAAACACUAUCGGAACCCGCAACCUCUGCCAGAGUUCCUCCUCAUCCUCACCUCCUCUCCUCUUCAUCCUUCGGUCGUUAAGGAGAGAGAGGGGAGCGCCACACAUCUCCUUCCGCCCCUCCUGGCCUUUCUGCUGACUUGAGAAAGAUGGGGGAGGAAGUAUCAUGUGACCCAGUGGAACACUCCUGGACCAAUCAGAGGAGGGAAAAGUCUUCUGUACCUUUGAUUGCUCUCAAAGAAAAUGAGAGGCCUUUGACAAAGCGGCGAGGAGGGGGGGGGGGGAAAGCACAAAAUGAUCUACUCGCUGGAUGUUUUGUAUUCUGGACUUUUCUUUGCUCUUUCAAGGCUUAAAGAGUGUUGGAGAAUAAACUGAUAUUUGGAGUUCAAUUCUUGUCAGCCUGCACACUCCUCCCUACUUUGUCCAUUCGAAAGAGUGUCUUUAAGUAAACUGGAAAGUUAUUUGUGAACUGAAGCUGCGUUUAAUAUGUCUGAAUGAUUUAGUCGGCUCAUGUUCCCACGCUGAAAAUAUUUUUUUAAGCCCCUCAAAUUCACGAUGGAAAUGUUCUUCACCGAUCAACCUUGUUGCCCUCUGCAUGUACCAGUUUAUCGUGUUUGGGUUUGUUGUAGGAGAAACCAAACCAAGCAGAGCGAUCCACCGAGUAGCAGUGCGUCAGGUCCCGACACCUUUUAGGAUUUAAUGACUACAAAAAUAAUUUCGGGGAUGAAAAAUGUUCAUUUUGAGUGUUUUAUUUGAAAUUAAUGCCAUUCCUCAAACUUGACAAGGCUCUGUCCUUGGUUGUGGCAUUGGAAUUAUUGCUGGUUUUUAGGUCUUAUUUCCCGCCAGAAACACGUCAGUGGGCAUUUUCAGGGUUUUGAUCUUCGGUCAUCCAUGGCCAGCGUGAAGGCAGAAUCGGACCACCUCUCGGAGGAAUCCCGACGCUUUUAAUCUGCCAGCCUCCAUUUUCUCUUCCCAAUCUGCAGCCGAGAGGAAAUGAUCCUGACUGCCCUGUUAGCGUAGCUGUCAAUCCCCAUGCAAACCCAUGGGGAUUGACAGCUAUGCUAACAGGACAGUCAGAGGCGGCAGUAGCCACAAGCUAGCAGCGAGCCAAGGCCCAUUCUUUUCAAUGGAAAACACUACCAGUGAUAAAAAUCUAUUCUAGUGGAAGGAUCAAAGGAACGCAUUGCGAAAAGUUUAAGGUGGAAAAAAAGAGCCUAUUUUUUAACGCCACCAUUUCAUUUUUGCUGCUUUUUGUCUUGUUUUCUGACACCAGGCUGAGAAUCGGUGGUCUCCGUUUAAUUUCAAUCUCACGUCACGCUCUCUAAAACAGCAUUUGGUUUACUUUCAUCUCGUGCUGAAACUCACACGUGCAGAGUUUGGGAUAACUUACACUAUUUGGUAUCGCACGUUAAAAAUUAGCGGGAUUAAACAUAUGUGGUUUCGUUGUCGGUGACAGUAGCUCAUUGUUUAAGGUUUAAUUAUAAGAGUAUGCGGAUUCAGAAGUACUGUGGUUUUCCCAGACACUCCCUCCUACUUGAAGAAACUCGGACUGUCUGCGACUUGGAUCAUAAAAGGAACCACGACUGAAGAGUCAACUUGCACCUCAAAAAGCUGUUGACCUGUGGCGAAAUGGUUAUAAUUAACUGAUUUAUGCAAAAAAAUUCAUUCAUUCCUAAUAUUCCACUAACUGUGCUUUUGUGUGCAACUUUUAAGUUAAUUAAGGUCUCAUCAUUAUGUAUCAUGUGCUACUGUUGUGCUGUCAAAAUUUGCAUAUUUAACGAAUGCACAACUCUCGUCCUGUUGGCACCCUUAUACAUUUCCUGUGAUUAACUCCAGCCAAUCAGGAGAGAGACAGUUGAGCAGAUUAUGUAAAUGAAAGAAGCAAGAGAGAGCAAGUUAUCUUUUUCUGUUUGUCAGAAAGUGUUUUUUCUUCAUAAGGAGAUCAAUGAUCAUCAGUUUCCUGGAUAUGUGAAUGUUUUAUAUGAUGAUAGUCGACUAAAAACCUUGUUUUUCCUCAGACAGACGUACUUAUUAUUGCUGAACCUUUUUUUAAAGGUAACUGUCUAUAUAAUAUUAUAUACUAUGAUAAAGAAUAUUGGUUAACACCUUCCAAUGGCCUUAUUCUAGUAAGUAAAUGUCAAACUAUAGAAGCGUAUAAACAGAAAACAGUACUAUGGUUUUGUGAGGAAACUAGUACAAUUUGGGCUCAAACAGGUUUCUUUGCCUAGAAUACUUCCCUGGAUUAUUACGUAGAUUAUUUGACUGAAAUAAGGUGAUUGUGAUCAAAAUAAUCCUGUAUAGUCUUACGUUUGAGAGGUGUACAUUUGUUUUUAAGGCUUUGUUGCCCUAACCACUAAUGGAGAGGAAGCACAGGUAUCUUGUUGUGAAAGCAGCACCGUGUUAGCUAGCUAGCAUCGCCUAUUCCUUUUUAGAGGAAGCCACCAUAAUCUGUUACUUUGAUGAGUAAGGUUUACAAUUUAAGCAACUUUAAUAGCAAAUACUUUUUUGUCUUUAGGUUUGUGUAUAUGUAAUUAGUUAUUUUUUUUCCUGUGUAAAACAAAAUUGAUGCCUUGAGACCCAAAGGAGGUACAACCUUUACCAAUGCAGCAGGAGACCUGAGGAAUGAGUCUCGAAUCUGGAAAGUGCUUUUAUCGGGCGUUGGGUCUAAGUGGGAUCAGUCUCAAUACCCUGACGCGUCUUCCUCUCCCCUUUCUGGUAGAGGUUCAUUUAAAUCAACCCUAUAAGAAGUUAAGAUGGUAGAGAACGAUGUGUGUACAGGAGAGAUCAGCCAAUUCAGAGCGCUUAUACGGGUUUAAUUUUACUCAAUAUUAAUCGUAACUCCUGGUCUGGUCAUAAUAUGUUACAUUUAAAAUGACUCAACUGAUCGUGACUAUUGUUCAGUUCCAGAAGUUAGCGGCGACAUGGACUCGUAAUAAAGGGACUCGUGAGAGGAAACCACUUCAGAUUAUUGAAAUAACCCAAGGUGGGGAAAGAAAAAACCUUUCAUUGCCUUUUUAUUCUCCUCCCAGCUCUCGACACAUUUGAACUGAAUUUCUAAGUGCA